GGAGCGAUACAAUUAGAAGUACAUAUAAAUUCUCGUCGAUUUCAAACUAAGCUUCUGUCAGUGAUCUCACAAUGGCAUUGAGAAUCUUGUGUUUCCUUAGUCUCCUGGUAUUCAGUCAUGCUGGAAUUCUUUCGUUCUUUGAUCCAAGAAUUGUAAAUGGAGAAGAGGCUAAACCAGGUGAGAUUCCAUAUCAGGUUUCUCUUCAAUAUAAAGAUUCUUCCUUCCACUUUUGUGGCGGAUCUAUCUUAAAUGAUUACUAUGUUAUUACAGCAGCUCACUGCGUUUAUGGUGAAAACGCCAAUGAAAUAAAAGUUGUUGCUGGCACCAUCAAUCUAAUUGACCCGAAAUCACAGCAUAAUGUCGUUAGAAUUAUUUUGCACGAAGAAUAUGACGAAAAUAAUUCCUGGAUUAAUGAUAUUGCUUUACUGAAGGUAAGAAAUCCCUUCAUUGAAUCUGCCAAUAUCGGACACGUUCUUCUACCAUCAAAAGAUUUUGAAACUGAUGAUACUGCUGUUGUGUCAGGAUGGGGCAAUCUCUGGCAAGGAGGACCAUCUACUACUAAACUACAACGAGUUAACAUCCGCAUCGCUAAUCAAUUCUAUUGCAAGUUUAUGUAUAACAUUAUUGGAGGCAACGUUUAUUCCACACAAGUUUGUGCGUAUAACCCAUCAAGCGAGAAAGGAUCUUGUCAGGGUGAUUCUGGUGGCCCAUUAACUGUCGAUGGACAACUCAUUGGAUUAGUAUCAUGGGCAUAUGGUUGCGCCAGUACUGUUUAUCCUACUGUCUACACACGUGUCAUCUCUUAUUUAGAUUGGAUUAAAGAUCAUACAGUUUAAAUCAAUCCCACUCGGUUCCAACUAUGAUUCAUACUGUCUUACGUUCCAUAUAAUUUUAUAAUUAUCUAUUUAUAAAACCGUAAAAGAAAGAUUAAUUUAAUGUAAAAAAAUGUAUAAUAACGAUGACAUAAAAACAUAGACUUUAAAAUUUUAUAUAUAUUUUCAAUAAAACAAAUAUUAUUGCUUCAUUCAAACCAUUAAAGAUAUCUAUAUAUCCAUUGGAUACCAUUAUCUUUUUGAUAUCAUGGACCAUGAUAGUCUUAAAAUAAUUUAAAAUAUAUCUUUUACGAAAAAAAUUUCUCAAAUAAAAGUUGUAUAUUUGUGAGUGAAAUGUUACUUGUAUUAAUGUGACUUGUUUUAAUUUAGAAAGUUAUUUCAAGACGAAUCGACGUCCACUUCUUUGUUUUAAAUAAAAAAAUCUUUACUUUCUUUUACAUUCUUAAAAUAUUUUAUUUUGCAAAAUAAAAUAUUUUAAGGUAAUCACAUAAGUAGGCCAUCGCACAUGGCCUCGACGUAGCGAUUGUUAUACGUACAUCAGUACCAUGUGUAUCUCGCCUGAUAGUAGUCAACCCCUCUCUCUUAAGUCUCACUUGCGUCGUACCUCUCUUCAAACUAUAUACACAUUGUUAUAUGCCAUAUAAAAAACCGAUAAUUGAUAAAAUUUUGUUCAGAAGGUCUUUUACAAUAAAUAAUACCUAUUAAAAAAAUUUUUCGAAAUCCAAAUAAAACAAUAAAGUCUACAACUGAUUAGUUAC